AUGGAUUCCGAUCCCAAUUCGCGUCGGCCGGGCAAUAUCGUCUUCUUCAGCAUCUCCAAGGAUCAGGAUCUCGUCCACUUCUACAAUGGCGGCGGCGAGGACCUCCGGGCGCUCGCCCAAGAUUGGCUCCGCAACGCAAAGCGAUACCACGUGUGGCACUCCCACACCGAAGGCAACAAGACGUUCGGCUUCCUGAUGCGCGACGGCCUCACCUUCUUCGCCAUCGACGACGCCGCCGGCUCCGGCAACGCCGGGAUGCUCUCCUUCCUUGAGCGCCUCCGAGACGCCCACAAGAAUGCGCCAAGGAAGGACAAGAUCGACGGGGAGGUGCUCAACUGGGUCCUCCGGGUGAGAUCCGGCGAUAAAUCGAGGAACGGGUCGAAGGACGACGGGGCUCUGAAGAUCGAGGAGUUCCCGGGGUCGGCUGGGGGCGUGAUUUCUCUCAGCCAGAGCUUGAGCUUGAGGCUCAUGGCGCAGCAGCGCGCUCGGAAGUUGUGGUGGCGGCAGCUGAAGAUCGUGGCCGCCGUCGACGUGCUGCUCUGUCUCGCGAUGUUCGCGAUCUGUUAUGAAAUUUACGAAACCUUCAAACAUCUUGCAUUACCUCUUAUUACAAAGAUUCAAAUCUACCUCAUGGAGUUGACUGAAGAUUAUGGAUAA